UUCAUUCAAGCGUCAUCGCGCAAUGAGUACAAACGCGAUAUGGGAGUAAAAAUUUAGUUCGUUUGGCAACAAAAUAUACAUUUCUCAUUGCACAUAAAAAUACAGAGUUAUACCAGUAACGAGGUCUCAUCGGGGGAAUUUAUUAUCUUGUUUUUUUGUAACAACUGGAGUGUAGAGUGCUUUGAACAUUUGUUUUUAAAGGUAAUCAUUAGCUAAGUAGGCUAACAUGAUCUGUUUUACUCUUGUUGAUCAUAGAUAAUGAAAUAUAAAUAAGUAAAUAAUCCCAAUGCCAAGCAAUUUAUUACAAUAGUAUGAGAGAGAAUUUGAUAAUAUUAUGCUUUUACUUGUAUAAAACUAUCAUUUAGCUCAGUUAAUUUGCAGUAGACUUAUAAGUGGCGUCUUGUCUUAGUCGUUUGUGAAUGUCAGUCUUGCUGUCUUGUGAUAAGAUGAGCGGGGAAUCUGAUGCCAACAAGGAGUUUGUGGAGCAGCUGCGAAUGCAGGAGCUGUAUGGGCAGAAAAAUGCAGACGGCUCGGAUCCGUACACCUACACUGAUCCAGUGGACGGGACAGUGUAUGACUGGGACCAUGAAAAAAAAGCCUGGUUCCCUAAGAUAACAGAGGACUUCAUCGCAGCCUACCAGGCGAACUAUGGCUUUACUGAGGAAGGAGAUCCAGGUGCAAAGAACGUGGUGCAGAGCGUCUCUGAGCCUGUGGCUCCUGAAUCGAACAGCAAGCUGCCAGAAAAGGAGAAAUCAGUCAAUCCUGCCCCAAGCCCUGCCACAGAACAGCAAGAGAGCUCUGCUAAAGAAGCCAAGCAGAAAGGGGACAAAAGGAAAGCAGAGCCAGGAUGGUUUGAUAUUGAAGAGGACAAAAACACAAAUGUCUACGUAUCAGGUCUGCCUCCCGAUAUCAGCCCUGAUGAGUUUGCCGAGCUGAUGUCCAAGUGCGGUAUCGUGAUGCGGGACCCCAUCACCGAAGAGUACAAAGUGAAACUCUACAAGGACAAAGACGGGAACCUGAAAGGCGAUGGCCUCUGCUGCUACCUUAAGAAAGAAUCGGUGGCUCUGGCUGUGCGUCUGAUCGAUGAGUCAGAGGUCAGAGGUUAUAAACUCCACGUGGAAGCAGCUCGCUUUGAGCUAAAGGGCCAGUAUGAUGCCAGCAAGAAGAAGAAGAAAAGCAAAGAUUACAAAAAGAAGCUGCACCAGCAACAGAAACAGCUGGACUGGAGGCCCGAGAAGCAAGGAGAACUCAGGAAGAGGCACGAAAAAGUUGUCAUCAUCAGAAACAUGUUUCAUCCCAGUGACUUUGAGGAAGACCCGCUGGUGCUGAAUGAGUAUCGUGAGGAUCUACGGACAGAGUGUGAGAAGUUUGGUGAAGUCAAGAAGGUCAUCCUGUUUGAUAGACAUCCGGACGGUGUUGCGUCAGUUGCGUUCAAGGAACCGGACCAAGCCGAUGCUUGCAUUCUCUCAUUUAACGGCCGCUGGUUUGGAGGACGGCAGCUGUCUGUGCAGCUCUGGGACGGAACCACAGACUAUCAGAUUGAAGAGACUUCGCGUGAGCGCGAGGAGCGGCUCAAAGGCUGGUCUACGUUCUUGGAGGGAGCAGAUAAGGAAACGCAGAAAGACGCCGGCAGCAAACCAGCAGAGAGCAACACAGAACCCAGCGAGCCCACCAGGGCCACAGAACCCCAGCAAACAGAACCGCAGCCCUCAGAGCAACAGGAGGAGCAAGUGGACUCUACUGAUAGCAGCCUGGUAGGAAGUGAUAACGAGGACGCCUAGGCACUGAUGUCUUCAUUUCCCAGGGAAACACUGAGGUAGUCCUGCUCUGAAGGGAAGAGUAGCAACGUUUGCUGCUGAAGAAACUCUGAUGUGGACAGUUUUAGCUGUUUUGUAAUGUAGAAAAAUAAAAAGAAUCUUUUUUCUGCCCUA